AGCCCACGACCGCUUCACCCUCUCCUCCCCACCCCACCGCCCCAACCCCGAAAUAUCCCCCAACUCCGACGCGACCGCGAAACCCUAGUCCCCCGGCAACCUUCGCUGGACCCGGGGAGCCGCUCCGGCGCCAUGGCAUCCCCGGAAGGAUCAAACUGGGUCUUCGACUGCCCCCUCAUGGACGACCUUGCUGCCGCCGACUUCGCCGCGGUACCCGCAGGAGGCUUCUACUGGAACCCGCCGAUGCCGCCGCAGAUGCACACUCUGGCGCAGGCCGUCUCCGCCACCCCGGCUCCCAAUCCCUGUGCUGAAAUCAAUAGCUCUGUUUCGGUGGACUGGGACCAUGCCAAAGGACAACCGAAAAAUAAACGUCCUAGAUCAGAAACUGGUGCUCAACCUAGCUCCAAAGCAUGCAGGGAGAAAGUUAGAAGGGACAAGCUAAAUGAGAGGUUCUUGGAAUUGGGUGCUGUCUUGGACCCGGGGAAAACACCUAAAAUCGACAAAUGUGCUAUAUUAAAUGAUGCUAUCCGUGCGGUAACUGAAUUGCGUAGUGAAGCAGAGAAGUUGAAGGAUUCAAAUGAGUCUCUCCAAGAGAAGAUUAGAGAGCUGAAGGCUGAGAAGAAUGAGCUGCGAGAUGAGAAGCAAAAGCUGAAGGCGGAAAAAGAGAGCCUGGAGCAGCAGAUUAAGUUCAUGAAUGCCCGUCAGAGACUCGUACCACACCCUUCUGUCAUCCCAGCUACUGCAUUCGCUGCCGCCCAAGGCCAAGCGGCAGGGCAUAAGCUUAUGAUGCCUGUAAUGAGCUACCCAGGAUUUCCCAUGUGGCAGUUCAUGCCGCCUUCAGAUGUUGAUACCUCGGAUGACCCUAAGUCAUGCCCUCCUGUUGCAUAAGCCAGCGAAAAUCAUUUGCCUCAUCUAUCUCAUGGGGAAGGAUGGCUAAACAGCCUUCCGUUAAAGUAUAUUUUAGUUGUCAGUGUUACUAUGUAGUUAAACUAAGAACCGAACUGAAGCAUCGUCGUUGUAUCACCUGGGGACAUUUGAUUAUCUUGUGGCACUGCUGUAUAUUGUUAGUAAAUAAAUGCCGUCUGUCGAAGGAAA